GUGUUGAUCCUCUAUUCGCAUCUGACAGAAUAACGGGCGUGGAAGCACGCUUGAAGAAUGAACCAGUGUCAUGACUCAACCAUGAAGCCGCAGCGCCGCCGACUGCAAGCCUGCUUUUAGAGGCAUUAAGACAGGCACUUCGUGCGACGCCUCAUCCGCCAUAUUGAAAUUGCCAGAACGCGCUGGCUGGAUCGUCCGUAUCCACAACACAAAAUAUCGUGAGUAUGACGCAGACCGUGCAAACCAACGGGGUGCAACCCCUCAGCAAGACGUGGGAACUCAGUCUCUAUGAGCUACAGAGGACUCCACAGGAAGCCAUCACAGACGGGCUGGAAAUCGCUGUGUCUCCCCGCUCCCUCCACAGUGAGCUGAUGUGCCCCAUCUGUCUGGACAUGCUCAAGAACACCAUGACAACCAAGGAGUGCCUCCACCGCUUCUGCGCUGACUGCAUCAUCACAGCCCUCAGAUCAGGCAAUAAGGAAUGUCCUACAUGCAGAAAAAAGCUAGUGUCUAAGCGUUCCCUGCGGCCGGACCCAAACUUUGACGCCCUCAUCAGUAAGAUCUACCCGAGCCGGGAUGAGUAUGAGGCCCAUCAGGAAAGAGUUUUGGCACGCAUCUCCAAACACAACAACCAGCAGGCCCUGUCCCACAGCAUCGAGGAGGGCCUCAAGAUACAGGCCAUGAACAGGCUGCAGCGGGGGAAGAAGCAUCAGCUGGAGAACGGGAGUGGGGCAGAGGACAAUGGUGACUCCUCCCACUGCAGUAACGCCUCAGUCCACUCCAACCAGGUUUAUCAGAAAUUCCAGUUGAAAAAUCUGGAUGGAAAAAGUGGAAAAUCCGGAAUCCUCCAACCAGCGUUUCUUGAAACCCUGGGAAUUUUGGAGGCGGGGCCGAGCAUCAAGCGCACCAAGACGUCGGACGACUCUGGUCUGGAUAUGGACAAUGCCACGGAGAACGGAGUGGGCGGGGACUUGGCGAUGGACGGGGCCAGUGAGAUUGAGCUGGUGUUCCGCCCACACCCGACUCUCAUGGACAAGGAGGACACGGCACAGACCAGUGUGGAGUUUGUGCCUCGGUACAUCAAGACGUCCGGUAACGCCACAGUGGACCACCUCUCGAAAUACCUGGCGGUGCGUCUGGCCCUGGAGGAGCUCCGGAAGAACGGAGAGGCCAGUCCCAUCAACGUAGACGCUGCCUCUGAGAAACAGUACACCAUCUACAUCCCCACAGCCAACGCCCAGUUCACGGUGCUGAACGGGUCUUUCUCCUUGGAGUUGGUCAGUGAGAAAUACUGGAAGGUCAACAAGCCAAUGGAGCUUUACUUCGCCCCGACCAAGGAGCACAAGUAGACCCACCUGGAGUACCCCUGGGCUGUGGCCCAAAUGGGACUCUAUCCCCUCUGUAGUGCACUACUUUCAACCAGGAGGGCACUGUAUAGGGAAUGGAUUUCCCUUUCUGGACCCACACCUACCAGGAAGACAAGCUAUCUAACGGAACCUCUAUGGACUGAUACUCUCUCUCUACAUAUCUCCCCCCCCCCCCUCUCUCCCCCCCCUAUCCCCCUCCCCCCCUCUCUCUCUCUAUCUCUCUCACCAUGUCUGGUAUAUAUUAGAUGGUACCACAUCAGUGUAAGACCCAACGUCUGAACUACCUGACAUGGUUCCUGUUCAGGCACAACACCUUAAUCUUCAUGGGGGCAUCACAGCAAUACCAUUCUGGAUGAAACAGCUCACUAUCCUCUGCUGAUGGAAAAGGCCAGAAAUUUUACAGGACUUUCUACUGUCAGACCAGCGAGCGGGUCAACUUCCUGUCAGGCCAGCGGUUGGUCUAUUUCAUACCUGACUAAACUGUUGUGUGCGUUCCAACUGGCCCCCUUUUCCCUAAAUUGUGCCCCUUGGAUCCAUGUGGACCUGGCAACACACUGCUUAGGAAUUAGGGAGACGUUUGGGACACAUUCUCAAAGAAUUGUGACUGGCUGCCUGAAGGGCUGUGACUCGGGAGUGCGCCUUUUGGCUAGUUCCUGCUGAAGGGCUGUGACUCGGGAGUGCGCCUGUUGGCUAGUUCCUGUGUUUAAAGGGUUAGUUCAGGAUUUUGAGAAUGAGGCUUUAUAUCUACUUCCCCAGAGUGAGUCAAACACGUGGACACCAUUUUUAUGUGGAUGAAAUGCCUCAUUACCAACAUGGUCGAGCCAUCCCUUUGGGUCCUCAUACUGAGACGGGGCCUAGUAGUCCCAGGGACUCUGGAUAACUGUGGCUGCCUCAGGACUCGUUUUUUAAAUGGUCUUUUUGUACCUGGGGGUUGGGAGCGGCACGGUUCAGGGACGUCGGGUGGGAGGCUUUUGGAGAUAUUGCCGGUGUGUGUAUGGAGGUCCUCUUCUUUGUUUUUUAAAUCUUUUCUCGACCGACACCGUGGUUUAAAAUGUCGUCAGGCUAGUUUUAUAUGAACCCAUGUAACUGUUGUAUGUGUUGACAUGGUCUGUCUCUCCAAUGCCACCCUGUUCCCUGUGAAGUAGUGCAUUUAAAAAGAGAAUAGAGGGUCAUUUGGGAUGGAACCAUGAUGUCUCAGUCAGAUCUGGCAGACCAGACCGUAGCCAUGGCAACACGUCAUUUAUAUAUCGAUCAUGACAUUGUAGAGUCUACAGUCCUUUUUCUGUUGUCUCCAUCAACGGUUGUAUUUCAGUAAUGGACCCCUAAUCAUUUAGAUUUAGCCAAUAGGAGCAACCUAAAACCAGUGCACCAAAUAUGGAAUAGGGUGUCAUUUCCGGAUGAACAAGUAUGUUAUAUGACACAAUGACAUUCUACUGGUUACCUAGAAACGGAUCUCAGCUCCUCUCAUGGUCAGUAUCCCUCUGAGGGGCCUUCCAACUGUUGCCGUAGAAACGGUUAUCAUUCAUGGUUUGGGACAACUUCUGUUCAGUUCAGGCAGAUCCAGUGAAAUCUAAGGGAAAUUAUUUAUAAACAGGAAGGAAACUGGCUCAUCUCUAUGAGAAGGACGGAUCUGUCCUGUGAGAUCUUCAAGGAUCCAGCGGUUUUUGAAAAACACGGGUCUAAUUGACCAACAUUAGAAUUGAAUUGCUGUGUUUUAUAAGCUCAGUGGAGCCUCUGUCUAGGUCAAUGCUACAGAGGUAUUUCCUAUGAUUGUAUAUUAACUCCACCUUCCACCAUGUUCUGGCAAAGGACACAUUCAGAACUCAAUUACACAAAACUGCAUAUGCUGUGGAAAUAGCAAUCUGUGUACAUAAACCAAACAACCCCCUUCAUUUGAGAUGUGUUCCCCAAUCGUGUUUUCUCCCUGCAAAAAAUAUUUCAUAGCAAUGAUACUAGAGAAGAAAAAUGUAUAUAAUGAUUACUUUUUAGAAGCAUGUUGAGUUUUUUGUUUGACAACCUCCUUUGCAUAAAUAUCAGUUAUUGUUGUUUGGGAAACUGUACCACACUAUCUGUUUGGAAAUUAAAUGACAAAAUGUGUGUAAAACAU